AGCUGUUCGGCAUCACAAUCCCAUCGCCCAUCAAAAUGAAUCAAAUCGGACGGUCAGACUUGUUUUUUUGGACCUGAAAUUUCACAAUGAUUAAGAGUCUUGCCUGAUUGCCAGUAUUGUUCAAUACAUGACAAUAGAAACGUGCCCCAAAAACACAAUCUCUCACCAUACCAGCUUGCCCAAGAACACAUUGACUCGCGUACAAUAAUAUAACAACAUAACCAUGCCCAUAAGGGAACCAAGCGCGUCUUUUGUGUCAGCGGCAGGCAGAUGUGGAAUACCACCGGCGCAAACCCAUUCGAAGGCCAAAAUGACAGAUCCCAGAUUCCGCAUACGACCCCUUCAGCAAGUGGCAUCGGCCUGCACUGGCGCCAUGGUGACUGCAUGUUUUAUGACACCCUUGGAUGUGAUCAAGACACGCUUGCAGGCUCAACAGUCGGCUCUGCUUUCGAAUAAAUGCUUCCUUUAUUGCAACGGCCUCAUGGAUCACAUCUGUCCAUGCGGUCCUGGCACGCCAAACCCGACACUGUCCAAGCCUGCUCCGCACUUUUCAGGCACCAUUGACGCGUUCAUUAAGAUAAGUCGAGCGGAGGGAGUUGGUUCGCUAUGGUCUGGACUCAGUCCCACGCUCAUCUCGGCCUUGCCCUCGACCAUCAUAUACUUUGUGGCCUACGAACAAUUAAAAGCUCGCUUUACGGACUUCCAUUACAAGUACUUGCUAAGCCUAGACCCAGUUCAAAGCUCACCCGAUGACCGCGACAUUCCAAUGCUUGUUCCCUUGCUGGCGGGCGUGACAGCUCGCAUUCUGGCCGUGACCUGCGUUAGUCCUGUUGAAUUGAUACGCACCAAAAUGCAGUCUCAGAGGAUGACGCACGCCGAAAUGCUUGGGACUAUCCGUCAGGUGGUACAGUCUGAGGGACUUCUUGGGCUGUGGCGUGGACUGCCGCCAACAAUACUACGCGAUGUCCCAUUUUCGGGCAUCUACUGGACCUGUUACGAGUACCUUAAAAGCAGCUUUAAUGUGGUCGAACCAACGUUCGGCUUCAGUUUCACAGCGGGAGCAAUAUCUGGCUCGGUCGCUGCCAUGAUUACCACACCGUUUGAUGUGAUCAAAACCCACGAGCAAAUCGAGUUUGGCGAGAAAUUUAUAUUCUCAGGUAGGCCUAUUGCUAUCUCGGGCGCUGCAACAAGCUCCACACGCAUUGACAAUGGUUCGGUUUGCAUUACGGCAGAUAAUCUACCUAAAAAUGUGGCCACAAAGUCGGCUAUGACUCGCCUGUCUAGCAUUUACCGCCUGAGCGGUGUACGCGGCAUUUUCGCUGGACUUGGACCACGUCUCUUCAAGGUGGCGCCUGCAUGUGCAAUCAUGAUUUCAUCUUUCGAGUACGGCAAGUCCUUUUUUUACCAUUACAAUGUCGACCAACACAAUGAGGCGCUUCUCUCAAUACCACACAAUCGGAGGCCAAAGACAGCCCAUAGCUCGGACUAAGCCCAAGGAAAGUGCGACAAGUUCAACUAACGUCGCACUGGCGGUACCGCACUCAUUUUGAAUGUAUAUAAAUAUGUAAAUUAAGCCAAAGAUGCAACCGAAUCGCUGCGCUGGAAUUAUCUGCUGGCGCUAUUCAAACCUCAACGCGUUGGUAAAUUGUAUAGUUUUAUUGAAAAAUUUAUGGUAAACACAUCUGCAUACAUGAUGAAGACACCGACACCAUUUAGUUUCAUCUUAGAAUUUUUCACCCAAUAAAACAUAAAAUAAAUCAAAUU